CAUGUCGCGAUGUUUUGAUAUUUUCAUCAGUCAGCUAAUGGCGUCUGGGUGGAGGUGUACUCGAUUUUUCCUCUAAAAACAUGAAUUAAUCCGAAAACUUGAGUGAAAAUCCUUUCAAUUUUUUGCUUGUGAACUAUAAAAUGCUAUGCACCAUGUCAACUUUUGAUCGGUAAAGUUUGGGUCGCUUAUUUCUAGUGAGUCCCCUUGAAAUAAUCACUUGAAAGAAUUGUAUAUAAACAUUGAAAAUGAACGAGGAUAACAUAGCCAAAGUUACGGACGAUAGAAAUAUGUGGCCUCCUGUGGAUUUGUCUACAGGUAAUUCAACGCCCUCGCAACACAAUACAACUAUGCCAAUACCAUCUACUCCACAAGGAGCCCCAGGAAAUGCUGGAAACACUGAAUUUGAUAUGCCCUAUGAAUUGGUCCAGCAAGGCUGGAGGAAGUUCUGGUCCAAAAGAGAAAAUCGACCUUAUUUUUGGAACAGAUUAACUGGAGAAAGUUUGUGGGAGAUGCCUUCAUUGAAACCCCAAUUUGAUCCAAUAACAGAUCCCUUAGGUAUUUGUGCUCCUCCACCUCCGGUUAUGCCAGUACAAACCACUCCCAUUCCUAUGACAAAGAGGAGAAUGUCUGAGGAGUUGAAUAUACCAGCAAAAAAAUUCAUUUUAGCUGGACCUUGGGAUUUAGACGUACAAACAAAUAUCAUUAUAUUCGAGAGACCCCCUUCUAGUUACAUGCAUUCACAUCCUGAGAUAGAGGCUUACCGUUGUAGUCUCUUAUCCAAACUGAGAGUGUGUUACGAAGAAUUGUGUCACUCUAGAGAAUCCAUAGAUGCCCCCAAAGACUCUUUCAAUAGAUGGCUCAUGGAGAGAAAAAUUAUAGACACAGGUUUCGAUCCUUUAUUACCUAGUUGCUGCUUUCCUGAAAUCUCGCAGAGCAUGUACAAAGAGAUCAUAAACGACAUCCCAAUAAAGCUGGUGCAGCCGAAGUUCACAGGGGACGCCAGAAAGCAACUGUCGAGGUACGCCGAGGCCUCCAAAAAAAUUAUAGAAUCUCGAGACGCUGGUCCUGAAAGCAGAAAAGUGGUUAAGUGGAACGUCGAUGAAACCUUCCAGUGGCUGAGAAAGACAGUGGGUGCAACCUAUGACGAUUUCCAAGACAGAUUGGCACAUCUGAAGCAGCAGUGUCAACCGCAUCUCACAGAAACGGUUAGGUCAUCAGUAGAAGGUAUUUGCCUGAAGAUAUACAACCUAUCAUGCGAAUACGCAAAAAAAGUUAGAGAGAAAACGAACAUAAUCCUCAAAGAACACAACAUGGAACUACCACCUGUGAUGACGAUACCGCACACAAGGAAGGUGUGGUGUUAUCCUAUCCAGUUUUCGAUACCAUGUCCUAGAUUGCCAGUUGUCGAAUACUUUCCCGACAGGGAUCAGAUGCAGAUAAAAUAUCAGAACGACACACUCAUGAUCAACAAUAUAUAUCUCCAGAAACUGGAGCACUUAUACAGGCACAGUUGCUUCGAUGAUAGAAAAUUUGAGCAGUUCAUACCCAGAGUGUGGGUGAUGCUUAAGAGAUACGCGACCUUCUUGGGGGUGUCCCCCACCACCAAAAACACGAGUUUGGACGUCCACGAUACCCAAGCUUCCCUACCUGUAACUGUGUUUGAGUGUCUGAACCGAAUGUUUGGUGUGACUUUUGAGUGUUUCGCCUCACCUUUGAACUGCUACUUCAAGCAGUAUUGUUCGGCAUUUGGGGAUUGCGAUGCCUAUUUCGGCAGUAGAGGGCCCUUCCUUCAGUUGAAAGCAGUGUCGGGAUCCUUCGAGGUGAACCCCCCUUUCUGCGAAGAACUACUGGACGCCAUGGUGACCCAUAUGGAACGCCUGUUGUCGGAAAGUUCUGAACCUUUGAGCUUUAUCGUACUUAUGCCAGAUUACAGGGAUCCCACCCCAUCUGCUUUGGUCAGGAUCGAGAAUUGUCAAUUCAAGAAGAAACAGGUCACGAUACCUGCCUACGAGCAUGAAUUUCGACACGGUCUUCAACACAUUCUAACCAGGUCCGAACUGAAUAUUCGUUCAGUUCAUGGCACUGUCAUAAUCUGGCUUCAAAACACGGCUGGUAAUCAAAGAUGGGAGCCGACAGAUGAAAAGGUUCAGGCUCUGCUUGAAGCGUUCAGGCCUGGUAGGGAAAGAGAGAGAGACCGCCAAGAGCUGUUGAGUCCAACAAGACAGGGCAGUACGUCGGACACAAAAGAACCUGUGGUACAUUGAGUAAUCUCUCCUGUAAAAUUUCCAAAUUUUUGUAUAGUUUAUCAAGAGUGGCAUUUAUAUUUUUUAUAAAUAUUUUAUUUAUACAUUUCAUUAUUAAGUUUGGUUUUUGUAAAAAGAGAUUCUUAAAUAGUAAGAAAAAAAUUUUACAUUAGAUAAAUAAAUUUGGUAUUGAAAUUCGAAUUUCUGAGGAUCGGUUUUAUGGUUCGAAAGCAUGUUGGUGAUAUUCGCUGGAAUACAUAUAUUGUUUAUUCGUUGUUUGAAUUUGAAUUCAUAUCAUGUUAUGAUUUGGAGGAUUAUAUAUAUAUUUAUAUAUCGAUCGCCUAGUAUGUAUGUUGUAUAUCUUCUUAGAAAUGUUUGCAGCUAUCUAGAACAGAAUAAUUUUCGUAUAAUAUUCGGGUUUUCUUUUAAUUUUUUUUAUUGUUUCAAUUUUUUUCAUUGAAAUUUUUGUACACACAUACUAUGGCUUAUUGACUAUUAUAUUUGUAUACAUGUAAAAUAGAGAAAUAUAGAUGAAUAUGUUCAUUAGGAAUAGUUUUUCAUAUUUCUGAGAAAUUAUAUUUUAUUUUUUUUUUCAUUGUAGAAAAAUUUUAAUCAUCAUUUUAAAUAUUUCAUUCAUAGUGCAAUUCUCAAAAACAAUUUUUGAAAAUUAGAAUUAGAAGAUGAAUAUUGAUUUUCCUUAUUUAUAUCAUAUACACAUGUAAUUUUUUGUUUUUAUCCUUUACUGGAAAUUGAGUUUUUUCACUAAUAAUUUGUUUAAAGUGAAGUGAUUCAUUGAAAAAUAUAAU